UGUGGAGUUCCAGCCAUGUUAUGUGUUACAGCAGGGAAGUUCCUGGAAAACACCAUGACAAAGUGUUUUGUGAAGAACUGCCGGAGUGAUUCCGUAUGUGACAGUGAGGUCACAUUUCAUGGCUUUCCAAGCUCCGUCCACUUGAUUAAACUAUGGCUCCGGCAGACUGGUAACCAGUUCACUGACACGGAUGCAUUGGUGCAGAAUAUUCUACAGUCCAAGAAAACUGGGCUCUAUCAAAUCUGUUCAAAGCAUUUCUCACCAAAAAGUUACAUCUUCAAUGGCACAAAGAUGGUUCUGAAAGUGGACGCCAUCCCUACAGUUUUCCAAGAUGUGCAAAACAUCUCAGAAACACCAGAAGUCUCUAAGGCUCCAUCCUGCACAAAAGCACAAAUAGAAAACCCGUUACGUGCAAGCUCUUCCCUUUCCCAGUAUUCUGUACAAGCCAUUCCUCCACAGACCGGACCAUCCUUCGAGAGUCUGAUCAAAGGACACCCAGAAAUCUCUGAACCUGGGGAUAUAAACCACGAUAUGACACUGACCAUUAAAACAAUGGUGGACAAAUCCAUUGGCACAGAUCCGCACAGCGAUUUUAAUGAAAACAAGAAUGAGAAGCUAAUGAAUAAAAGACUAUUAAAACUUGCCAUGGAGAUCAUCUCUUUGCUAACCGGAGAGGAAUAUGUGAUGGUAAAAAAGAAUUCUACUCCACCCAGCAGUGAACAGAAUGGAGAGGUACCUUUAAAAUGUGGCGAUGUGUCCGUCUAUUUCACCAUGGAGGAGUGGGACUAUAUAGAAGAGCACAGAGAUCUUUACCAGAAGGUGGUGACGGAGAAUCAUCAGAGAUCCUUCAGUCCUCUCCUAGAAGAACCUGAAGUGUACAGUGGAGAUGUAAAGACUGUUGUGGUCACUGAGGAAGACGAUGACAGCCAAAGCAGGGAAGAAACCGAACCAGUGGAUGUGUCAACCAGCACCUAUGCGGGUGAAUUCAGCACAGACUCUGUAUCGGUUGGUCAAGCAAUAGAGGAGACAUAUGUGCUGAACACUUGGGAAACUUCUGCUCAUGAGGCCACCUGCACAGAGGAUGAGCUGCAAGAAGACUCUUACACCUUGUCUUCGUCACCUAGUAACAUAGCAAAACACACCGCAACAUCAUUUCACGGCUCUCAAUUAGAAGACAGUGGAGAACAUUUUUCUAUUUCGUCACCUAGGCAUGCUAUGGACGGCCUUGCCUAUACAUCUACGUCAGAGCAAUGUGAAGAGCAAGCAUGGAGCACCUACAGUAGAUACGUUGGUGACUCCAAUUUCACAGCAAUAGAACAUCCACAAAUUAAAGAAGAGACCAACGAGUAUAGCUACAUUUAUGAUGAAGACCCGGCAUAUGUUGAUCACAAUCCUGCCCGUGUUUGUGAAGAACAAAAUCAGUUGUUUGAGACGAUGAACAGUCUUCUUAUCCAUCAAAUGACACAUGGUCAGUCUUCUUCAGUAGAUAAGCCCUAUGCCUGCAACCACUGUGACAAGCGAUUUGCCAAAAGGUCCCACCUAGGAAUGCAUCUUAAGACACACACAGGAGAAAAGCCAUACGCCUGCCCUGACUGCGGGAAGAGAUUUAGCCGACGGUCAAAUAUGGCAACACAUUACAGAACACACACUGGGGAGAAGCCUUUUGCUUGUCCCAAAUGUGGUAAACGUUUCACCCAGAGUUCCCACAUGGUGACUCACCAAAGGACGCAUUCUGCAGAUAAACUCUUCACUUGUCCCGAGUGCAAGAAAUGCUUUACAAAGUGGUCAUACCUAAACUUCCACCUACGAACUCACGGAAUAGAGAAACUGAGCGUGCCUUGAGUGUGGAAUGACUUGUUGACCACAAGAUCCAUCACAUCUACCUUUGUGUAGACUUUGAAAUUAUUUUAUCCUGGGUGCCAGGGUACUUGUACACAAAGUUUGUGUUGUGCUCCAGAAGGUGCAGACAGAGCUGGUGGGAUAUUAAUCUUUUAGCCCACCUAAAAGUUUCCAUUGACGUUAUAGAAAUUGUGAAAAUGAAGACUUUGGAUGCAAGGACUGCCAUACUUGGGGGAAAAAAAUGGUGUUCCUUUGAACGUCACAAAUUCAUGAACCCAUAGACCUUUCAAGAUGAAAAGCUUAUCAGCUGUCAACUCCCAUGCCCAUAUGAAGAUCACCUGCUAUUAGCAGCUUGUGCCACAAUGUACAAUUCCCGUUUGUUGCUGGCCUAGUUGACAUUAUUGACAUACUUUUCCAUUGUGGUUGUGUUAAUUUGAUAGUUUAUAUAUAUUUAUGUUCAGACUUUUUUUUUUUUAUCAUCACAGAACACAGGAUUAUUUCCCCUUUAUCAUCUUUCGCCACUGUCCAUUUAACGAGGCUCGACACUCUUCAUCCACCACUAGCUGGUAGUAUCAUAGCAGUAUCAAUAAGGCUCAACACAUCAGUAGGGCCUCUACAUAUGCUGCAGAGUUGUGGUAUAUGUUGACUCGUAGUAAUGUCACAAAUAUAAGAUUCUUAAUGGCAAAAAAAAAAUGUGUAACCCCUUCUUCUGACUUUCUCAUGUGAGGGUCUUAUUCACACAAGUAGGCAUAGUAUUCAUGGUAUUUGAAUAUUCUUCCUGUUCUUAUAUUUUUUUUAAUUUUUGCCUUGUGUAUUCAUCUUGUAUGUCUCUGUACAUAUUGCCAUUUUCGAUUUUAUUGUUGGAGAAAUGUAAAUGAUAAAAUCAAUUUAAGCAC